AAGGCGAGGAGGAGCUCGGCGCCGAGGGGAGGGGGGAGAUGGAGCCGGGGCGUGGGGAAGCCGCUCCCGCCUUCCUCCUCCUCCUCCUCCUCCUCCUCCUCCUCGCGCCGGCUGCUCCAGCCCGGCACCAGGCGGCCGCUGCCUCCCUGCCGAGCGCCGCAGCAGCCGGGACGUGCCUCCGGGAUGGGGGCGCCGCCGGCCGCCCCCAGCCUCCUGCUGCUGCUGGCCGGCGCCGCGGGGCUGUGCCGGGCUUUCUUCUCGCUGCCGCUCCGCGUGUCCCAGCCGGCCGCCCCCCGGGGAUCGCCGCCCGCCCCGGUGCCGCUGCGGCCGGGGAACGGCGGGGGCCGGCAGCGGGAUGCCCCGGGAGAACCGGGAGGCUUGGCCUUGGCCUCGGAGCCCGGGGGCAGCAUCAACUUUUUGGCCAUGGUGGACAACCUGCAAGGGGACUCCGGCCGCGGGUACUACCUGGAGAUGCUCAUCGGGACCCCGCCGCAGGCGUUGAAUAUGAAAACCACCUCUCCUUUCUUCUGUUUCGGCAGUUAAAUAUUCUGGUUGACACUGGAAGCAGUAAUUUUGCUGUAGCAGGUGUGCCUGAUCCUGAUGUCACCUCCUACUUCAAUACAGAGCUGUCAAGUACAUACAAAUCUCAAGGGAUCGAUGUCACAGUUAAGUACAGUCAAGGAAGCUGGACUGGAGUGCUGGGUACAGAUGUCAUUACUAUCCCCAAAGGAGUUGAUGGCAGCUACACCAUCAAUAUUGCAACCAUUCUUGAAUCGGAGAAUUUCUUCUUACCAGGGGUUCAAUGGCAUGGGAUUCUUGGUCUUGCCUAUGACACCUUAGCCAAGCCUUCAAGUUCUGUGGAGACAUUCUUUGACUCUCUUGUGAGGCAGGCAAAGAUUCCCAACAUUUUCUCCUUGCAGAUGUGUGGUGCUGGACUGCCUGUUUCUGGAAGUGGUACCAACGGAGGUAGUCUUGUUCUAGGUGGCAUUGAACCAAGUCUCUACAGGGGUGAUAUAUGGUACACACCUAUCAAAGAGGAGUGGUAUUAUCAGGUCGAAAUUCUCAAGCUGGAGGUUGGAGGACAGAAUCUGGAACUGGACUGCAGAGAGUAUAAUGCUGAUAAAGCGAUAGUAGACAGUGGGACCACCCUCCUCCGUCUGCCCCAGAAAGUCUUCAGUGCAGUUGUGCAAGCAAUAGCUCGCACAUCCCUGGUACAAGAAUUUUCCUCUGGUUUCUGGACUGGUACACAGCUUGCAUGCUGGGAUAAAACUGAAAGACCCUGGUCUUUAUUUCCCAAACUCUCCAUUUACAUGAGGGAUGAAAACUCCAGCAGGUCAUUUCGCAUCUCUAUCCUGCCACAGCUUUAUAUUCAACCCAUCCUUGGAAUAGGAGAGAACUUGCAGUGCUACCGAUUUGGGAUCUCUUCAUCUGCGAAUGCCCUGGUUAUUGGUGCUACAGUCAUGGAAGGCUUCUAUGUAAUAUUUGACAGAGCUCAGAGGAGAGUGGGCUUUGCAGUGAGUCCAUGUGCAGAAGUCGAUGGCUCGCCAGUGUCUGAGAUUGAAGGUCCCUUCACAACAGCAGAUGUUGCAAGCAACUGUGUUUCUGUAAUUUCUUUCCAUGAACCAGUGUUGUGGAUUGCCUCCUAUGCUCUCAUGAGCCUGUGUGGGAUUAUCCUCCUUGCACUGAUCAUCCUGCUGCUUAUUCCACCACGUUGUCAGCAUCGCUACACUGACAACGACGUGGUCAAUGAUGAGUCCUCCUUAGUGCGACACCGAUGGAAAUGAGAACCUCAGUUGUGAAACCUGGGACUUCAACAGAAUGAAGAACAAAGUACUUCGCCAACAGGAAGAAGCCAAUGCCUCAGUCCUUUUUACAUCCAUUACGAAUUGCUGUGGAAAUCCCUCCAAAUAUCAUAACUUUUUAAGCUUUAUUUUCUAACACUGAUUCUGAACCAAAGCACUGUUAACCACCUCAUAAGUGCUACGGUACUGGAUUUGCUACUGCAGUACAAAGAGCCUUUAUGCUCUCAAUAGUACCUUCUUUUUUUGUUAAAAAGAGAAAGAAAAAAGCACCAUAAUGUUCUUCCACUAUCUGAACAAAAUUGUCCAUCCUUCUUUCACAAAAAAGGAGCUGUUAGCGUUUUCUAACUAAUCAAGCCCUGACUGUAAAAUAAGAGAAAAAAAAAUAAUAACCUUUCUUACUAAUCAUAUUAAAUGAAUACUGCUUUGUGUUUACAUCAAUUCAUUCUGAAGCUGUGCUUACGGUGCGGGCAAAAGAGAAAGGUCAGACAUACGCAGCAGUAAAGCAAAUGAGGUCAAGAAGAAAUGGUGGUUUGGGUUUUCAUUCCUCAGAAUUACUGCUGCCACUUGAGAGGGUCACCAUUCCUGGGCGUCAUUGCAAAAUAGCUUGAGGAGGUAAAAACUAGGAAACUUGUUCAGCCUUAGUGUAAAACAAGACUACCUCUCUUAAUUUUACAAGGAUGCUACCACUGGUAAGCAUGUGACUUAGAACUGGUCUUUAAACACAGGAUGCCCAAAUGUAACUCCUGUGCUUCUAAGUAGUUGAUUUUAUAGAAAUUAAUACUUCAUAACUUUCCACUUUGCUGCACAAAAAAAAAGCCUUUCAGUUUUCCCCCUAAUGUGGGGGUUUGUGUGUUGUUUGUUUGUUUGUUUUAAUUCAGGAUGAGUGAUAUUUAGUAAAGGCUGGAUUGCAAAUGUAUAGACAUUAUAAUCCUAAGGUCCACGUUCUGUCAUCUCUUUUCCUAUUUCUAGUGAAUGCGUAACAAAAAGGAAACAACAAAAUGAGAAAGACAACCAUUUUUUUUGCUGAGCUCAGCAACAUAUAAGUUCAAGUGAAAAGUAUGUCUUCAUGGACAGACUGUGAAGUCAAAGUCUUAAUGCUGGCUUGUCUUUAAACAUGAGCAACGGUGGGAGGCUUUUUGUUUAGCUCCAGUGGUGUGUCAGUCAAAUGAAAAGUCUACUGACUGACUGACACGUGGUGAGACUGAAAAAUAUGAAGGGAAAGAGAAGGAAGGAAUGUAUUUGCCAGACCUCCAUUGUGCAAGCAUAGAUUGUAAUGCAGAAGCCAGAACAUGGCAUUUUCUUUGCAGACAGAACAACUUUUGUGUAUCUAGUCAGUGAGCACUGCACCUCCAUCGUUUCCCUAGAGCACUUGCAUCGUGGGUUCAAAAGAUAAACAAUGCAAGGUUGAGGAGUCCAGUGACAAGUACUAGUAAUCUCUUUGAAAAAUAACUGAAAAAAAAAUAAUCAUUUGCAUUUCAAUUGUACAGCAGUUUAAAAAUCUGUGUGGGUAACAAGAAAAAAAAA